AUGUAGUAAUUACAGGAAUCGCAUUCUUAAUCAGAUUUCAAGCUUCCAUCAAUUGAUAUUCAUACAACUCAUCGACUUCCUAUCAAAAUGAAUCCUAGUUAUAGAUUAAAAUUCACUAACCCAAUAAGAGUGUAAUACUUAAGGUUUUUGGAUCGAAGAAGCUUAGAUGAAAAAUUAAAUGAACCAUUUUGUUUAGAAAAGUUUGCCAAAAUUAAUAAUUACUCUUAUGAAAAGAGUUAUGAAUAGUAAUAUAAUAUAUUCUAAAAUUUUUAAGUGAAUUAAGAUGUAGAAAACCAUAGAAAAAAGCUUAACCUUAGCAAAAAUAAGAAUAUCGUAAACCAACAAUGAGAUAUUUUAAUCCAGAAGAUUCAGAGAUACGUUAAGAUGAUAUGGAUUUAAUUUUGAAUCCCAAACAAAAUAAACCUGUAACUUCAAAUAGCAAAGUCUUUAUUUCUGAAUGA